CCUCCUCACGCAGGUCGUAGCUGUCCGUCGAGCCUGCACUUUGUUUACGUCCCGUCGGUUAGCUGACAGCUGUCGUAGCGCUUUCACCUGCAUAAACAGCCGUGCCCGUGUGUCUCUGGCUGAGAUAUAUAGAGCUCGUUAAACUUUACACCGCGUCUCCUUGAUGUCGAGGAUGGGAUGUUUUUGUUGAAUGAGGGGGAGUCUCUAGAUGCCGACGGGAGGAUGAACUCCAUCACCGGCCGGGUUCUCGCCAUCCCCGCCGCCUCUGUCACCAACUCUGGAGCUUCAUCUUCUCGAGCCUUACAUGUAGAGCUCACAUCCCAGCAGAGACGAUUGCGUCAUCUCCGGAGCAUCGCAGCCAGAAACAUCGUCAACAAGAAUGGUUCCCCACUGCUGGACACGUACUUCACCCUCCACCUCUGUAUAGGAGACCGCAUAUCUAGAGAUUUUUACAAGAGUGAAGUCAUACGAGACUCACUGAAUCCAACUUGGCGGAGCCUGGAUUUUGGAAUGCUGCCAGACCUCCUGGACACCUCAGUGUCUUGCUUCGUGGUGAGGAUCUGGGGAGGACAGGAAGAACAGUACCACCUCCUCAUAGAAUGGAAGGUCAAUCUGGAUGGCCUCAGAUACACAGGACAGCAGAUUCGAUCCAGGAAUCCAAAUGAGAUCAUAUUUGGAUUGAAUGAUGGCUACUAUGCAGCUGACUUUGAUCAUAAGGAUCAGUCGGAGCGGAAGAAAAACAGUCUGCUUCAGGUCGAUCAGAGUUCAGUCAGGAACUCCUACAGCGUUUUCUCUUUGCUCAGGCUCCACACAGCCCAGAGAGCCAUCAAGCAGACCCAAGUGACAGUGCAGAAGAUCGGGAAGGAGAUUGAGGAAAAACUAAGGACGACGGCGACCUGCACAGAGCGGAAGAAAGAGCGGGAGUGCAUGCAGCUGCGUAUCGCCGUGCUGCGUAGUGAACUGCAGCGGCAGAGGAAGGCUCUUGGCAGGGAGAUAGACCUGCGGCAGAAGGAAAGGGCGCAGCUUCAGAAGAAAGAGGAAGCGUUCUCCGCUCAGCACGAGAGUCUGAAGGAGGAGAAAGAAUCCUUAACCAAGCUGCAGAAGGAAUGCACUGCCAAGAGAGAGCAGUUCCUGAAGUCUAACGCCCAGCUCACCUUCCGCUGUCGUCAGCUCCUCUCUGAGCUUUCCUACAUCUACCCCAUUGAUGUGGCUAAUCAGUCAGAUUAUGUCAUCUGCGGAGUGAAGCUGCCAAACUCUGAAGACUUUCAAGCAAAGGAUGAUGGGAGCGUGGCAGUCGCCCUUGGUUACACCUCACACCUGGUCCUGAUGAUCUCAUGCUUCCUGCAGAUCCCUCUUAGGUAUCCAGUGAUCCACAAGGGUUCACGCUCCUCCAUCAAGGACACCAUCACUGACAGACUCACAGAGAAGGAGAGAGAAUUCCCUUUGUACCCCCGAGGAGAGCGGUUUCAUUUUGAAUAUGGUGUCUACUUACUCAACAAGAACAUCGCCCAGCUGAGAUAUCAACAUGGCUUGACCACCCCAGACCUGCAGCAAACACUUCCCAACCUGAAGAACUUCCUGGAGCAUGGCCUAAUGGUCCGAUGUGACCGACACCAUGUCUCCAGCUCCAUCCCAGUGCCCACCAAGUCCCAGCUUGCUGUGUCUGCUGCCUCAGAGAUAGGCUACCCCUGUCGCACCAGCUCACCAGACCGAGGCCUGAGGAAAAGGGCAAGCUCGGAGGCCGAUAAGUAUAAGUCAACUCCCCCACCCAGCUACAACACAGCCACUGGUGAAGAGCAGCCCCCGGUUGGGCUGGCACCACCCUCGCCUUCACCCAAACACCUGUCCUCCUCCCUCGAUGCUGGCAUGGCCUCACUUAACCUGUCUGAGCCUACAGAGGCAAAAGAGGAGGGAGAGCAGAAGGAAGAGAAGGAGGAGGGUGGUGAGACAGCAGUGGAGGUGGAGAGACGCAGAAGCAUUGACAGAGAGAUUGAAGUAGAGAAAGAAGAAGAGACUGAAGAGCAGCCACCCAGCAGCACAGUUGCACCCAACUCUUCCACAGUGGGGGACACAGGCGAGGAAACAGUGGCCACUAGUCAGCACUCAGGCACCAUGAACGGCUCUUUGGUACCAGGACAGGUGUCAGGACUGGUCCCAGAGCUGCACUGCUCGGUGGAGCAAGCUGAGGAGAUAAUGGGCACAGAGGCCACCGGCCUGGGAUUGGGGAUGGGUUUGGGGUUAGGGUUAGGGCUAGCAGAUGAGGCCCGGCUGGAAGAUUACCGCUGCAUCCCUGUGGACCACGCAGUAGCUGUGGAGUGUGAUGAGCAGGUGCUGGGCGAGCUGGACGUGGCUGGUUUUGAGGAGUUCUCCAGGCGCAUCUAUGCACUAAAUGAGAACAUGUCCAGCUUCCGCCGACCACGCAAAAACUCUGAUAAGUGAGGAAGAGGACCUAAGAAGAGAGGCAGACAUGAAAAAACUUGCACAGAGGGUUUGGACAAAUAUAAGGCAGGGACAUGGACUGAGAGGACAAGGGUGGGAUCCCCACUCUCUAAACGCAGCAUCAAAAACAUAGGAGCUAUUCUGGAAUAAUGACCAAUUUGCACUUAAUGUAAACAUUUCCAUAGUAAUCUCUUAAAUGAAAUGCAGUUAAAAGCGCAAGUAUUGGGACGGUAAGCUUAAGUCAUUUUUCAUUUUUGAUGCCAACAAUAAUAUAUUUUUAACAAUAACUCGGACAUUUUGUGUGUUAAUAAUCGCCCAUUAUAAAUUAGUGUCAGCUAUUGUAGUUUGUUGUUCCAUAAAAGGGGACCAUUAAUGCCAAAUUUAACAUGACUCACAAACAAUAUAUGUCACCUGCACUUUGCUUUCAAACCCUUCCUGCAAUAACAGCCCAUAACUUCUUGUAUAAAACAUUAUCACCUCUAGACUUCAUUUACCAUUCACACCCAGAGUGCAGCCUCAGUACAUCAGGGUAUUUAAAUGUUUCAAUGCAACAGCUCAGAAUCAUUUUCCUUAUCACUUUACCUCAAGUUUCACUUAAACAAGAGAGGCUUAUAGAGUUUUUUGGGGUAUUUCAUCAAGUAUAAAAUCAUAACAUAGAUAAGAGACGCACAAACAGAGAGAAUGCUUUUAUCAAAGUGGAUCAUCUUCAGUCACAUGUAUGAAUCAGAGCCAGCUGUCCCAGUACUUACACCUUUGACUGUACAAGCAAAUGCUUAGACGCUUCCCAAGCCUUCAUUCAGUAUGCAUGGCAGUGGGCGUGUGCAGGAGGGAGAACGUGGGCAUGUGUGUGUGUAUGUGUGUGCGCGUGUGUGUGUGUGUCUGGGGUGGGUUUCACAUUAGCAUGCAAACACGGUCUCAUAAUCACAGUUAGGUUUCAAGUAAUCCCACCAAUGACCUUUGAGCUAUCUAACACUGCAAAGUGAGGUGGAAGCUGGAACCAGUAGCCCAAUCAGAGACUCCCUAACUGUGACACGCUGCAUCUUCCCCCCUUCGACAGGGCAACCCAACCACCGUUCUCCACGUAGGACCGUGUUCCUCCUUCAGGUCUUAAGAUGAGGAUCACAAAAGUGGCAGGUCGGAGCUUACAGCACAUGGCAGGGAUACGGUGCAAUUGUUUUUCUGUCCAUCUCCAUGUCCUCUUUUUUUUCUUUUAUUUCUUUAAUUUUAAUGUACCCCAUCAAUAUUAACAUCAAUGUUAAUGUUAUGUCCACUGAUCCUCACAUUCAGUAGACCAAAAAUUGAAUUUUGUCUGUACUCUGUUGGAAUGUCUCACUCAGGCUCUACUGUAAGUGUUAAUAGCAAAUGUCUCAAUCCCAUUGUCUGUGAUUUUGUCCCGUGUCUCCCUGUUCCGAAUGCUUUCUUGCACUGGUGUUCAAUGGCAAUUUAUUUGCAUUAUUUAUGUCAACAGUUGUGUGUGCUUUGUUUCAAAAGAAAUCAAUAUUUAGUUUUAUUUUCCCUAAGAUAAAACUUAUGUGACGUCACACAUAAAUAUUGUCAAACGUUAGACUGAUAUUACAGCCAGUGUCUGGGUCCUGACAUGGACAGCUGCUUUGCAUCGCCCGCCAUGACAAAGAUGGACUCUCCACCAGCAGCCCACUUUGUGUUUCAGAUCCAGUACUGUGGUUGCUGACUGUUGAGAAGUAUUGUAUUUAAAACUGAAAGAUGAACCAUGUUAGAUCAUUUCCAUAAAUUGCUAUACAGUUCAGUAAGUGACCAUGUACAUAUACUUUUGUAUGGAGGGUUUCUUUUUGUUAUUAAAGACUUGCAGUCCAAUGGCAUGGAUGUAUGUAGCCCCUUUAAAAGUGUGGUCUGCCUACAUUUGUGUGCUCAGGUUUGAGUGGGAGGUGUGAUAGCAAUGACAAUAUGAUGUAUGAAACAUGUAGAUUUGAUGGUUUAAAAAUGGUAGGAAAAUGAACAAAAUUCCAAUACCUCCUGACAACAAAUUAAAACAAGACUAAGAGUCUAGAGCCAUUUUAA